AUGGCACAAUACAACGAUGGGAACUUCCAACGAAUACAGUAUGGUGAUGAAGACAGUCAAAAAUCCGACAACUAUGUCAAUGACGAACUGGGGAAUAGUUUGAAAUCGCCAAUGCCACCGAGUUUGACUCGACCUCGAACAAGUGCGACGUCCGAAGCUGGAUCGAACUUCAAGGAAGAUACACAUAAACUGGAGCCGACAAAACAAUACGAACAUGUGCCGGAUUCAGAAAAUCAGAGGAAGCCGUCGUUCUUGAGAGAAACUGAAGAGAGGCCGAUGAAUGAAAAUCGGUAUCCACCUUCAAUAAAGCCUGGAGAUGGAAUCGUAAAGGAUCCGAGAAACAAUUUCCAUGAUGACUUGAGAAAAGAGUCUCAAACAACGCCACCGAUGCUAUUCACUCUCAGUCCAGAGGUAAUGCUGCUAUUCGCUUAA